AUGUCGUUUGUUGUCCCAACAAAGAAAAUCCACAAACAGUUUGAUUUGAACCCUUGGUUCUAUUCGGAGGGUUAUCAGGAGUUAAUGAGUUUCUUGAAAGCUAUCAAUGACGCUGUCAUCAAAGUCAAGACUACUGAUGACAUCAAAUGCUCCACCAAUGUGAUCAGUAUAAUAGAACUGCUGGAAACUAUCGAAAAAUGGAUAUCUGAGUAUCCACCUGAGGAUAUGGGAAGCCAAAGAUACGGUAACAAAGCAUUCCGAAAGUGGCAUGAACGGCUAGAGCAAGAUGCUGUCAAGUUGGUUAGCGAACUUGUCUUGAAGAAUGGAAACCAAGAAGCGAGCAUUGAACUGGCUCCUUAUCUUUGCGAUGCGUUUGGAAAUGCUACAAGAAUCGACUAUGGAACUGGACACGAAAUUUCUUUCAUUAUCUUCUGUAUCUGCCUGCACAAGCUUAAUGUUUUGACUGAUGAAGACAGGCAAGCCACAGCUUUACGUGUAUUUAACAAAUAUGUUCAAGUUUGUCGUAAGCUCCAAGUCGUCUACCACAUGGAGCCUGCUGGAAGCAGAGGUGUACAUGCCUUAGAUGACUUCCAGUUCGUUCCAUUCAUCUGGGGAUCAGCACAGCUGAUUGGAAAUAAGCGAUUGAUUCCUGAUUCCUAUACUAACGCGGAAACUGUGGAAGCCCAAGCUCAUGUUAGUUUGUUCCUUGAAGCAAUUAAGUACAUCAACCAGACUAAGAAAGGAGCUUUUCACGAGCAUUCAAAUCAGUUGUGGAAUAUAUCAGCUGUUCCCGGAUGGGAGAAAGUGAACUCCGGAAUGUUCAAGAUGUAUGAAGCUGAGGUACUCAAAAAGUUCCCUGUAGUACAACACAUACUGUUUGGUUCCCUCUUUUCGUUCGAUAAGAGAGAAGAUGCUCCCGUUGAACCUCUUGUGCGAACAUAA